GCCAGUCAUGGAGCCCUGUUUGAAGACUAAUUCACCAGCAGGGCGACUGAGGGGAGUUAUGGAGGUGAAACAAACUGUUUGACAGAAUGACACAUUUCAUUCAUAAGUGCCAUACAGAGAUGGAUGAUUUGUAGCGCCAGAGAAGCGUGUGAAAAAAAUCCCAAUGCCAUUGGGAAACCUGGAGAUUGUGUUUAUAGUGGUGACAGGGGUCGUAUUGUUGUUCUCUGUGUGUAGUAAUAUUUUGGUUAUAGUGUUGGUGAUUAAAAACCCCAAAUUGAGGAACGUCACCAACCUCUUCAUCUGCAACCUUGCCAUCAGCGACAUCCUGCUCGCCGGCAUCGUCCUACCUCAGAAUCUACAUGAUGUUUCUCAUCCAACGGAUUACUAUGAAGGCGUGGUGCUGUGCAAGAUUACCAACUCCAUGCCCAUCUUCUGUAUUGUCGUGUCCAUCUACAGUCUGGUCGCCAUAUCAUGUGAACGACGCAAGGCCAUCCUGCUGCGGGUGGAACCUGAGCGACCAGGUCAUGCAGCUUUAAAAAUCAUCCCAGUAAUCUGGACGGGUGCAGCCGUCGUCAUCAUCCCCACAGUCAUCGAGUACUCCGUCUACAUCAGCGUCUCAGACGACAACAACAUCUCCGCCACGUCAUGCGCGUCAGUCACCUUCUCUUCGGCAGCCUCCAUCUCCAACGGCUUCGUGCUGCUGUUGACGGCGUAUAUCAUCCCCCUCAUCUUCAUCCUGGGCAACUACUUGAGAAUACUGAACUUUCUCCGAGAGCACGGGCUUUGUGAUGGGUCGAGGCGGAGGAAGAGCACUCCCAGAGGGUUCUUCAUUUACCGCCAUCGGGUGAAGAUAGUCAAGAUGCUCAUACUCGUGGCUGCCCUUUUCGCCAUAUCCUGGCUGCCUUACUUUAUACUACUCAUAUCACAGAAAAUAUCGGGUAGAGACGAUCAUAUGUUUGUGGGUGGCCCUAUAAACAUGAUCAAAAUAUCCUUAGCGUCGUUCAGCACGGCAUACAACGUCGUUCUCUACGCCAUCUACAACCGCAACUUCAGGGGAGCAUUUAAGAAAAUGUUUUACAAUCACAAAACCGUUGUCGACGGUACCGAUCUCGGCUGUAACAGGAGUCACAGUCGCAGUUCCACUAGCCUCCCUCUGGCUGCGAGACCACCAAUCGUAUCUCAGAUGUAGAC